UGAGUCCAGUUGCUCGUGGAAGGAGUACGAGGUCCCAGGCGCCUCCAGGUGUGCCAUGCGUGGUGUUCUCAUCCUGUUGCUGGCCCUGGUGGCGAGGGCUCAAGAAGGUGAAGCUCAUGCUCGUCACUGGCGCAAUUACCUCAACGGCCUGCUCGUGCAGCUCGCCCAGGAACCUCCGCAGCCGGACCAGAGGCACGAGCUCUGGAAGGAAAUGUUCUCCCACCGCGUUCGGUCUUUCCUCGUUGGCGACCAGUACGAAAGCCUGGGCGCACUUGCAGCGGCGACCGGCCGAGACUACGGCUACGGAGACGACGAGAACCCUGGCGGCGGCGGCGGCGAAGGCGGCGGCGUCGUCGGCUUUGCCGGCCGCGGCAUGCCCGUCGACGAGCGUCUGAUCAACGACGCGUGGAGGCAGCACGUCGGCGACGUCCUGCUCGCCGGGCCGGCGAUCGUGCAGCGUCAUCGGCACUCGACCAGGACGUCGCCGUCCCGCCCCGCCGUGGAGGUGUUCUCGCCCUACGACCGCCGCACUACGGGGCGCACGACCCAGCUGCUUAACCCGGGCUCGAGCUACUCGCCGCACAUGCAUCGCUUCCUGGACAUCCUCAAUUGCCCGCCAUCUGCGUGAACCCGCUCCGCAGGCUCCGCCGCUUUGCCGCUGCUCGAACCGGGCGAACGAAACCGGAAACGGAAGUUCGCUUCUCGCCGAGGCGAUGACGUCGUCGACCACGACGCGGCAGCCGCCGCUGCUAUUGGUCGUUCCCGGACUGAUGGUGGCGCCGCGCGACGGCCCUUUCGCCAUCGUCCGCGAAGUCGACGUCACCAACGCCAGCGACCUGCAGCGGCCGCUGUACGCACUACGCGGUGGUGCCGCUUCGCCUUCGUCGCCUUGGCCGCCGAUGCCCACGGGCAAGCUGCACAGGCGCCGACUGAGAUUCGUCUUGCUUCUGGUGGCGUUCGUCUUUGUGCUGUCCUCCCUGGUCGCCUACUACGUCCGCUCUUUCCUGGCCAGGUACAGCCGAGAAUACGAGAUCAUACGAAACGCCCAGUUCUUGUGACCGCCGUGAUGCAGCGUCGAGUCGGUGGUGGAGGUGACUGUAGGGACAGAAAUGUUUUGGUGACUGUUGCAGUGUUUUGGUCCUCAUUUUGGAUCGCGGAAUGCUUUGCCCGCCGACUGCUUUACGUUCGAUUACCGCUAUCCCCCUGUGUACUCGAUUUAAUGCCUUAUUCUGCGCUCACAUUCUAUCACAGCCAUUGCUCACUGUCAGAGUGAAUUGAAGUGGUUUAUUUCUGGAAAGUACGCAAAAUAAUAAAGCUUACUUCACACACGCCGCAUAGGAGGUCAA